AUGGCAGACAAUACACAGGAAGGAGAUUUGGGUUUUGAAGUAGUGGAUGCUAGUAGUGCUGCUGCUAUUGAUGAUGAUCCACAGCAACAACAAGAACCGGAGACUAUCGAAGAGGGAUCCUUGAUGGUGGAAGACUCUUCAUUGGUGGAAAGUGUUGGUGUAUCAGAGGAAUUAGUGAGUGGUGAGGCUAUUGUGGUCGAUUCCAACAAUAAUAAUACACAAAUAUCUUCUUCAUCAUUAUUAUUAAAUACAGAAUCAUCAAAAUUAGAUAAUAGUAGCUUAAAAUUACAAAAACCAUCAAUUCAACCAAGAGUAAUUCCUGGACCUCCAAUUUAUGAUCCGAACAAAUUUCCCAUCAUGGAUGGUGGUCAUGGAGGUGUUUUAGUUACCGGAAUGGCAGCAAGUGUUUCAUCUUCUUUGAGUUCUGGUAAUGUGAUUUCUUCAAUUUUAGGUGCAUCAAAAGAAUUUUCAUCAGUGUUACCAUUCCAAUUUCCUUUCGAUUCGUCUUCAAAUGAAAAAUUCACUCUCAGCAAUGUUUAUCAAGAUAAUGCUGAAAAGUUCAAGAAAUUCAAAUAUAGAUCAGUUUGGGGUGCUAAUAAUUUAUUGGCCUAUUGUUGUCAAACUCAUGUAAUGAUCUUUGAUCCAGUUUCUAUGCAACAAGUAACUUCAUUGUUUGGACAUAGACACGUAACAACUUGUGUUGAAUGGUGUGAAAUGUCAAAAUCAAGAGGAAUUGAAAGAGGUAAUACUAAUAUUGUUGCUAGUGGUGAUGAAGGAGGAUGUAUUAUUGUGUGGGAUUAUAAAAAAGGAAGAAAACUUUGCAGUUUUGCUGAGGACUAUGGUAAUACCAAGAAGAGUAUUGUACAAAUCAAGUGGUUGAAUGGUGAUAAUGUUUACUUACUUUCUUUAGCUGCCAAUAAUGUCUUGUCCUUGUGGAAUGUUCAAAGUAAUACUAGAAUUUGGGAUCUUGAAUUCCCUGACACAAUUACAGGAUUUUCUUUGGAUCCAUUUACUUUAAAGUCAUGUUGCUUACCAAGUGAAAGUGGAUGGUCCUAUUUUAUCAAUGAUAUUAAUAUUAAGAAGAAACCAAUCGAUAUUCAAAGAAGACUUCAUGGAAGUAUUGACAAAAAGACAGGAGCCACUCAAACCUCAUUGAAAGAUUUUAUUUGUUCUCCACACACUCGUGAUCAAUUUUAUGUUGUGACCAAGAAGGAGGUUACAACAUUUGAUUUAGCCAUCAAACAAACAAUUCAUGGAAAGCAACUCAAGGGAGGAAGAGCAGACUUCCAAACAUUAUAUCCUAUUGAAUCUGAACCAUCUGUUUUUUACUCUCUUCAUGAUGAUGGAACUGUUUGUGUUUGGGAAUAUAAUGGUGAAAAGUUUGAACCAAAUGUUUGUGAUGUUGUUAGAGGAUCUAAACAUGGUGCAGAUAGACCUGGAUUACUUUACGGACUUUCAAUUUCUCCAAUCGAUCACUCAAAAGUAGCUGCUGUGAGUGCAGAUGGUAAGAUUUGGAUUUGGAGAGUCAACCUUUCACACAAAAUCAAGACACCACCACAAGAAGCUAAGCCAGUUGAAGAACAAGUACCAAGCUCAAAAAUCAAAGUUAACACCAAGUGGAUGCUUGAAGGAUUGGCUGAAUAUACAGGAUCUGUAAUUAGUAGUAUCAAAGUUUCUCCAUUUGAUGAUAAAGUAGCAGUCGGAACAAUUAGUGGGUUACUAUUGGUAUACGAUUUACUUACUGGUAACGUGGUAGUUAAACAUGAUGUAUUUAAUAAUUCUCCUGUAUUGGGUAUUAGAUGGUUUGGAGCAAGUUCUGUUCUCUGCUUCUCAUCUUCAGUCUAUGAAAAGAAGAAGGAUAGAAAAAGUAAUGAAUUGAGAAUUGUCAAUCUCGUUUCUGGUAAACAUACCACAAUUAAUGUUAAUCGUGAGGAUCAACAUAAGAAGGAAGAAUCCAAAGCUGGAGGAAUUAAGGGUAUCAGAAUUAGUAACAGUUACAAAUAUCUUGUAAUCAUUUUACAGGACAGACCAAUAGAAGUAUGGAGAUUGGACACUCUCAAGCUCAUUAGAAUGAUUCCAUUCUCAAAUGUGACAUCUCUUGAAUGGGUUCCACUUUCUAAACAUCACCCAGAACGUGAAUUAUUGUACUUUACAACUACUGAUGGAUCUUUGCAUUUCUAUAAGGUCGAAAAUUAUAAGGUCGAACCAGAUGUUAAAAAACCAAAGGUAUUUGUAAAUACCAUUACUGCCCUAGCUUGGAAGAAUGAUAGACUUGUUUCUGGUGAUGUUACAGGUACCAUUACUGUUUGGGAUUUGCAACACAAAAAAACCAAAACAAUUCAAACACACAGAGGUUUAGUUAAGAAGAUCAGUGUAAGCAAGGAACAUAAUCACAUUUUGGUAUUGUUCAAUGAGGGAGACUUUGGUAUUUGGGACUUGGAUCAAUAUGCCAAGGUUGCCAAUUCUCCUCCACAUAUCAAGGCCGUUGCCUCAGACUGGUCUAGAGGAAAUUAUCCUGUUGUUGCCACAAAUAGUGGUUCCAUCCUUGUAUUUGAUAUUCAACUUAGUACUUGUAACACUAAUGUAUUGUUCCAUACUCGUCUGGAUCACCUUAAGAAUCCUUGCUCACUUAAAUCAGAUGAAGCUCAAUAUUUUAGAGCUCUCAUCGAAAAUAACAAGCUUCCAUUUGAUGAUAUGGUUGAUGAAAACACAAUAAUAGAUGAACCAAAUACAUACAGAAAUUGUUGUGGAGAUGUCAUUGAUAAUAAGAAAGUCAAGGAGCUUUAUGAAAAGGCUCUCGACCACAGAUAUUUACUUCCUCAAAACAUGGUGGUUAAAUUGAAGAAUCCAAGUACAAAUACUGCUGAAAGAUGCUUGAUUGCUGCUGAAUACUUUGGUGAUAAGAUUGCCUAUCAAUUCUGGAAACUUGCUAUUGAAUUUUUGGGCAAAUUCAGCAAGCAAAAUAUCAAUCCUGCUGAUAUUCAAAAAGAGGCUCCACCUGCAGAAGAGGACCACUUCUUCACAGAACAAACAGAACUCGAAAGAUUUGAUUCAAACGUAUGCUAUAGAUCAUCUCUUCCUUCCACUUUUGAUUUAUUAAGAGAUAAUGACUCUGUUAGAAAUGAAGAAAUGAAGAUUUUACAACAACAUGAUCAAACUUUACAACACAAGAUUAAAUCUGGAGCUCCAACAGAACAAAUUCAAGAUUUAUUCUCGCUAGUUGCCAGAAGUGAAAGUGAAUUAUUGCAAAAGGAUCAAGCAGUUAAAACCUUACUUCAAACACCACUCGACAGCAAAAACUUGUAUGCCAACUUUUUACAUGCUACUGUAUUAGCAGCAUCUAACUCACCAUCUCACUUUAAGGAAACUGUACAAUUCGUUGCUAGUUCUUUAAUAUCUUUAAAGAAGGACAAUGAUAUUGAAUUUGGUGUACAAUUACUUUGCUCGAUAGGUGAGGGAUUGAAGGCAUGUAGAAUUUUACAAGAUUUUGAUAUGUGGGAAAAGGCAGCAAGAAUUGCAAAGAGUAUUCUCCCAGAACAUGAGUCCAUAAUUGUACUCACCAAGUGGGCAGAUUAUUUACAGAGCAAUAACCAAUUGUUGAAAUCUAUUGGUGUAUGGAUGAGUUUGGGACUAUUCAAGGAAGUAUUGGAUCUUCUCCAUAAAUCAGAACUCGAUGAUAUUGCCUCACUCUUCACAAAGGCCUAUGACGAGUAUUUACCUCAUCUUCCACUCAAUGAACUCCACAGAUAUUUUGUUUUGAGAGUUUCUUCACCAUCCAAACUAAGUGAACCAUUGUACAGCAGUAGUAAGAGUCAUGAUGAUUUUGAAAUGACAUGUAGAAAGCUCAAAUACUUUGUCUACCAGCAAUAUGCAGUUUUCCUUGAUAAGAUUGGAUGUAAUGAAUUGGCGGAUAAUUACAAAGUUUUAAUUGAUGGAAAAGAUAUUGGACUAACUCUUCCACCUAAUAAUUUAUCAUCUCAAUUACCACCAGAAGAAAGUAACAACUCUUUGGAUUUGAACCGUCAAGAAAGUUGGGUAGUUGUUGAUUCUGAUAACAAUCAACCACCACCAGAAGCCUCUCAAAUCUCAACUGAUAUACCAUCUGAAGACAUACCAACCUCUGCAGAAGAAUAAAUAUUAAAUUUUAUUAU